CGUUGAAAGGCGGGACCGGGCGCCCGCGGGAAACCUGGGUGAGCGGUGCUCCGUUAAAUUCAGCUGCGGGGAUGGCGAGGUUGAGGAGCGUGGUCCUGCGGCCGUGGAUUCGAGAGCUGGUCCUGGGCUUAGAGCGACUCUCAAGUCCACGGGCCGGGCAGCUGCUUCAGGUGCUGCAGGAGGCAGAAGCCGAGGCCCCAGGCCCGUCCUGCGCCCCUGACAAGUCUGAUGUCGGGGCCGCGCUGCUUGUGUCCGACGGGACCCACAGCGUCCGGUGCCUGGUGACGCGGGAAACUCUGGACGCCUCGGACUGGGAAGAGAAGGAGUUUGGUUUCCGAGGAGCUGAAGGCCGGCUGCUGCUGCUGCAAGACUGCGAGGUCCGAGUCCAAGUGGCAGAGGGCAGCGCGCCCGCGGAGUUCUACCUGCAGGUGCACCGCUUCAGCCUAAUGCCCACGGAGCAGCCCCGGGAUUGGGUGAUUGGUUGCAACCAGGACCCAGAUGUGCAGAAGAAGCUCAAAGACUGCCUCGAGGAGCACCUUUCAGAGUCGGCCUCCUCCAAUGCAGGCCUUUCACUGACCCAGCUUCUGGACGAGGUGCAGGGAGAAGAGGAGCAUCAGGGGGCACUAGUGCGCCUGGCUGAGAGCUGUCUGAUGCUGUCAGGCCCUUGCACGGCACCCCCGCUCACCCGCUGGGCCACCUCAAGCCACUUGGCCAUGGGAGAAGCUGUGUACACUGUCCCCAGCCUAUGGCUACACAUCUCUGAGGAUGACCAGCAAGUCCUGAACUCUCUGGGCGCAGGUCAGAGGACACAGGGCCCUGAGCUGCCCCCACCAGACCCCGCUCUUCAGGACCUGUCGCUGACCCUGUCCUCCUCGCUUUCCUCACUCAGUUCCUCAGGAAACCCUGCCUUAUGCAGCCACAUGUCAUCACAGGAAAGCGGUGCCAGCGUCAGCCUUCUGCCUGCCCUGUCCUUGGCUGCUCCAGACACAGGGCAGAAGGGCAGCUCCCAGUCCCAGCCAGCCAUCUGCUCAACCCCCCACCCCCUGCCCCCUAGCUCCCCGCAGCCCAGCCAUAUAACCAACUCCCCACUCCUGAGUAGUACCCCAAGUCUGUCACCUCUUGGUCACAUCCCCAAUUCACAUCAGGCCGAUGUGACCAGGCCCCAGCCCCAGAAACCUAGACUGGAGUUCAAGGAACUAGGGUUGCCCCCCAAGAACUGGCAGCAUUCUCCAAGGAUAAGAACCACCGAGGGAGUCCUGGAGUCCAGUCCUGUCUGGGACCCACCAAAGAAGCAUCGUGAUGGUUCCGCCUUCCAAUAUAAGUACGCUCCACCCUGCACUUCUCUCUGUGCCCAGGUCCAAGCUGCCAGGCUCCCUCCCCAGCUCCUGGCCUGGGCCUUGCAUUUUCUGAUGGAGCCACAGCCGGAAUCCGAGCAAACCCAGGUGUGAGGGGUCAUGUGACCACGUAGGAGAAUGUGUGCAUAUAGGUCUAUGCCUCUGGGUGGACAAACAGUGCUCCACACUCUGCUUUGAGUUUUUUAAUAAAAUAAUCUCAUGCGGCAGGAAA